AUGUCUGCUGAUGCAAGUUUGAUUACUGCACUCGUAGAGCGUUUGCAACCCAAGACAUCGACCUUCCACUUGCCGUUUGGUGAGGUUACAAUAACUUUAGAGGACGUUGUGACACUGACCGGUCUAGCGAUCGACGGUGUUGCCGUCAUAGUAGACAUACCAGAUGAGGAGUGGUAG